AUGACGGACAAGAGAUUAGCACCUUUUCACCUGAAUCGAAGGAGAUUACCUCGGCAACAGCGUCAGCAUGAAUCUUCCAGUUGGUCAAGAGGAAUCCGCCGUCCUCUUCCGGUAGAACCGACCUUCGAAUCUCCUCAUGCAACACUUUCACUCGAAAUGGAAUCAUCAAAUAUAUGGCCCGAUCAGAGAAGUUUGUGUGUUUCAACAGGCACUCCUAGUUCCAAAGCAAUUAGUUCGUUUGGCAACACGGAGGCAACAGAAUGGGCGGAUUCCCCGGCAGGCUUGGAGGGGGACGGGCCGACCUCGCAAGCCGGCGCGCUCACCAGCGGACGACCCGACGACGCCGACCUGUCCCGCCGACUCUCCUCGACUGGGCGACUCGGACGGCGCGACCGACGGGCGCGGCGUUCACGGCCCAAGGCGUCGGCCAGAGCUGGCUUUGCCGCGCGGGCACGCGGUCGGGCCACUGCUUCGACUCCCGAACGGGCCACUCGCGUCGGACGAGAGCAGAAAGUGCACUCGCGCGGCCCGGCCCGGCCCGGCCCGCCUGGCUCCGCCGAGGGCAACCGGGCGUCCCCAAAUGCCCCCCGUCACCCACACCACCACUGCACCGCACCCUGUCGGGAUGCCCGGGCUCCGCUUCGGUGCACUUGCCCCGCAGCGCCAAUUGAUCCGCGUCUGACUGGCCUGUGCGCAGUUCGCCACUCUCUCUCUCUCUCUCUCUCUCUCUCUCAACGCCAGCCGAUCGGACUGGCCCCGAGCCACUCCACUGAGGGUGCUCACUUGCGCUCACUGUUCGCCUCUCUUGCUCACUUUGCUCGCAUGCCCUUACUCGUGUUCAUCUCUCCAGCUUGCCCUCUUUCCCACGCCACCCCCACCCCCCACCCCUCCACACCCUUAGCCUCCUCGCAAGCCCUCUCGUUUCGGCGAGUAACCCGAAGGAAAAACAGAUCGCGUGGACCCUUCGCCAGCUUGACCGGCUGCCACAAGGCCAAACGGGGCACUGAUCGAUUAUUGUGCAUCCCAGCCUACUUUGUACUGCCACUCGAGUUAGCCAUCCUCCAGUUCCCCAGGCCUACACACACCCACACACACACAGUCACACAAGAAUAG